GGGGGUGCAACAAUAUUCAUUUCAUAUAAGGACUGAACUGUUUGUGGCAUUAAUUAUUAACAACCGUUAGACUAAAAUGUCUGAGGCCACCAAAAAAUCUACAUGGCACUUGGACGAAUUUCAAGUUGCAGAGGAUAAGCAUGAUUACAGCUUAGCAGAUGAAAAAAUUACUAUCGCCAACUACAAGGCAAAAUUAAAAAUAACUGUAGUCAGCUGCAAGGAUAAUGAUUUAGAAUUUGAUAUGAUUGGUAUUCAUUCAUCUGUGGCUAAUGCCUUUCGCCGUUUGAUGCUUAGCCAUGUGCCUAGCAUGGCAAUAGAGAAAGUAUUUUUGUAUAAGAAUACGUCUAUCCUACAAGACGAAGUUUUAGCACAUCGCAUGGGUCUUUUACCAUUAAAAGCUAAUCCAUACUUAUUUCAGUAUAAGGACAAGGAUAGUGAUGACUUGGGCACAGAGCUAGAUACACUGGAAUUUGAGCUUAAGGUGAAAUGUACGCGCAAGAAGGAUGUAAAAAAUACCCAAAACCCAGAUAUCGCGUAUGAAAACUCAAAUGUUUUUUCGGGUCAAAUGAAAUGGUUGCCACGAGGUAAACAAGCACAAAUUUUUAAAGAAGCGGACGUUGCUGCUAUAUAUGAUAAUAUAGUAGUCACCAAACUUCGUCCUGGACAAGAAGUGGAUUUGCGUUGUGUUGCUGUUAAAGGUGUUGGUAUCGAUCAUGCAAAGUUCUCGCCAGUAGCGACUACCUAUUACAGACUUAUGCCAGAAAUACGUAUAACUAGACCAGUUAAGGGCAAAGAUGCUUGUUUGCUGCAACAAUGCUUCUCACCUGGUGUUAUUGGGAUUAAUGAGGAUGAUGAAGCUUAUGUUAAAGAUGUAAGACAUGAUACUUUAAGCCGCAAUGUUUAUCGUUAUCCACAUUUGGCUGAAGCUGUGUCAAUAUCACGUGUGAGAGAUCAUUUCAUUUUCACUGUCGAAUCGAUAGGUGCUUUAAAACCAGAUGUUAUAUUCAUUGAAGCAGUUAAAAUGCUUCGAAAUAAAUGUAUAAAAUUUAUGAAAUUAGUACUAUGUCCUAUCAUAUUGAAAAUAUCAAUGUCAUAUAUAGCAAGUGUUUGGCGCAAUUCUGAAAUUGAGUAG